ACCCACCCCCGCUGCGGGCCGUUGGCGCCUGCGUACGGUGGGUUCGUGCGCGGCGAUGGAGGCGCUGCGGCUGUGGCCGCUCUGGCUGCAGGGCUUGGCGCUGCUGUGGGGCUGCGCCGGGAUGGGGCUGGCGCGCCUCACCGCCACGGCCCCACCAGCACCGGCGCAGGCGUGCUCAGAGUUUUCCCAGAGGUCCUGUGAAGAAUGUCUAAAAAAUGUUUCGUGCCUUUGGUGUUACACCAACAACACUUGUAUUGAUUACCCUGUAAGAAGCAUUCUUCCACCAUCUUCAUUAUGUUCACUCUCAAAUGCUCGAUGGGGAGUUUGCUGGAUAAACUUUGAGGCUUUAAUUAUUGCCAUAGCUGUAAUAGCUGGACUCAUUCUGGUGUCCAUAACAGUCUGUUGCUGUUACUGCUGCUACUGCAGAAGGUGUUCCAGGAGACCAGAUGAAGAAGAAGAACGGUUAGCUAGAAAGAGAGAGGAACGAAGACUACAGUCUCUUCAGAGGAAACACGAAAGAAAACUGAAGCAUGAUGAAAUACGUAAGAAGUAUGGUCUUCUCCAGGAUUCUGAUAAUCCAUACAGCAGAUUUGAGAAUGAAUAAAACUGAGCACCUUCCACUAGAGCUGUAACUCCAGAAUACAGGAAGAUAAUUUGUUUUCAUUUGUCUUUUGGGCCCUUUUUUCCCAAAGGUGUUUUCUUCCUGGUUGUAAAAGAUAAAGAUAAAGACUUCAUGAAGUACAUGUUUCUAUCUUCUACCUGAAUAGAACUAAUUUUUUAUAAAUGCUUUCGGUUGUUGAAGUGUUUGAUUAUUUUUAUGGUGAUACUGAAGUGUGAAAUACUAUCUUUCCUUCUCUUAAAACUGUAUUUUAUUACUUGAUGUAGAUGGCUAAUAGUUACAAUCAUGUGUUUGAAUUCAGUCUUAACUGCUACUUAAACAGUUGUUCCCAUGUUCCUAAAUAAAGAUUUUUUUCCCUACUGUAUCAUGUUUAUAAAACUAAAAGGCAACAUGGAAGCACAGCUUAACACAGCAGAAAUAGCUUUUAUGUACUACCAUAAUGUGAGAAGUGAGUGGAGUUUUUCUCCCUCUGGAAAAAAUCUUCAAGUCUGUAAUAUCUAAGGGUUGAGAGGGGAGCAUAUCUGUCUCUCUCAUGGAAAUGUUAAUAGCUACUUUGCAUAUAUCACUGAUAUGAAAAAGUUACUUCAGUUAGCAACAUUUGAAGAAGGUCAUUCUUGAAAUAAACAUGAUUAUGGGUUUAUGUGUGUCAAAAUGUAAGAAAAAACACCAGUUGGUGACCACUUUCUUCUGUGAGAUCAAUCUAUAAUUAACAAAAACAAACAAAAAAGUUGCCAAGAUUCUGCAGCUGACCCCUCUAUCCCUCCCUGCAGUGGGAUUAAGGAGAGAUUGGGAACAGAAAAAGCAAGGAAACUCUUGUCUGGAGAUAAAGACAGUUUAGUAAGUGAAGCAAAGGAGGGUAGGGACAUGCAAAGGCAGUCAGUGCAUCCCAGAAGCAAACCUCUGCCUGUCCUCCCCUCAGGUUUUUUUUGCUGAGCAUGAUGCAUGGCCUGAAAUAUCCCUUGGGUCAGUUCUGACCAGCUGUCCCAAGUGUGUCCCCUCCCAGCUUCUUGCCCACCCCUGGCCUACUUGCUGGAGCAGGCAGAGUGGGGAAAAUUAAAUCCUUGAUGCUGUGCAAGUAAUGCUGAGCAAAAGCCAAAGCACUGGGGUGUUACCAGCACUUUUCUAGCCACAAAUCCAAAGCAAAGCACUGUACAGGCUGCUUAUGAAGAGUGUUACCUCCAUCCCAGCCAAAACCAGUACAGUAAGAAAGCAGUAUUUUUUUUAUCUUUUUAUUGUUCUUUUGAUAUUUCCAUAAUGUGAUUUACUUCCACUUUCUUUUCUUAGAGGUGGUUUAUUGAGCAUUUUUACUAGCUUACCAGUAUGAUGCAACAAGCAAAGAGGUCUCCCCUGACUAAUACAAUUAUGAAUAACCUCUUUUGCUGUAAAUUAUCCAUUAAACAAAUGUAUAGUAUUGAAGAUGUUCGUGCUAUUUUUAUCAAUGUUCCUAAAAUAAACACUUUAACAUCUUUAA